UGGCAUAAUAUUCCUGUUCUCACACUUUCAAAGAAAGUGCCAGCCCACGCUGUGUCCAGGAUGAAACACUGUUACGACUGAAGCCCAUUCUCUUGCAGCGGUCCAAAACAAGAGCCUUUUGAGCUCUCCUGGGCCACCACGGGCUGUGAUCAGCAUCUGCCUCUGAGGGGGAUGCCUCUCAGAGCCAGCAAACCUUCAGGUCUGCUAUACUUGGAGGAUCGCCAAAACACAGCAUAUCCUGGGCUGAUACCCUCACUGCUCGAGGCCCAAUCCUUCACCUGUCAGGAGAUGCAAAAGCAUCCAAAGAAGAUGUUUGAGGAUCCGAAGAGAAAACUGCUCAUUAUUCUUGCUGUCCUCACGCUGCCCAGCUCAGCACAAACAGGGAAUAUGGACAAACUCUUGGGGCAUCACUGCACUGAUUUCCAGACGGCCAAUUUCCUACGGGGCAGCAAACUUAAGGUCCAGUUUCUUCUGUUCACCUCCUCAAGCCCCACCUGUGGAGAGCUGAUUUCAGCUGAUGAUGGCAUCAAGAACUGCAGCUUCAACAGCAGCCUGGAAACCAAAAUCAUAAUCCAUGGCUUCAGGGCUUUGGGUACCAAACCUUCCUGGAUUGAAGGGCUUGUCCAAGCCAUACUGCACACCAGCCAGGUGAAUGUGAUUGCAGUAGACUGGGUUUAUGGGUCUACAGGAGCCUAUGCCUCAGCAGUGGAAAAUGUCACACAGCUGGCCCUGGUCAUCUCACAGUUCAUCAGCAAGCUCCUGGCCCUGGGAGUCUCAGGGACAUCUAUCCACAUCAUUGGAGUAAGCCUUGGAGCACAUGUUGGGGGCCUGGUGGGGCACUUCCAUGGUGGUCACCUGGGACGGAUAACAGCCCUGGAUCCUGCAGGCCCUAAGUACACCAGAGCCAGUCCUGAGGAACGCCUGGAUCCUGGGGAUGCCCUGUUCGUAGAAGCCAUUCAUACCGAUGCUGACAAUUUCGGGAUCCGGAUUCCUGUAGGCCACAUCGAUUAUUUUGUCAAUGGAGGCAAAGAUCAGCCAGGAUGCCCCCGAUUCAUCUCUGCAGGCUAUAACUUCCUGAUCUGUGAUCACAUGCGGGCAGUACAUCUCUACAUCAGUGCCUUGAACCAUCCCUGUCCCAUCAUGGGGUUCCCCUGUGCCAGUCAUCAAGAUUUUCUAAAUGGUCAUUGCCUGGACUGUGCAGAACCCUUCUUGUACUCCUGUCCCAGAAUAGGCCUGCUGGAGCAGGCAGGUGUGAACAUGAGCAGGCUGCCCCAGGAAGUGAAAGUUUUUUUAAUGACAAGUCCUUCAGCCCCAUUCUGUGUCCACCACAGCCUGGUUGAGUUCCACUUGCAGAAGAAAAGAAACAGAGUCACCAGCAUUGAGAUCAGUUUCAGCAGCAACAGCACCAAGGACACAGCAAAGAUCACCAUACCUAAGGACCAGGAGACAGGCAAACAGCUGCUGGCUCACCAAGUUCCCCUCUGCCAGAUAAACAGUGUGACCCUGAAGUAUAUCCCCAAGAAUCGUUUUUGGAGCAAGGAUGAGCCAUCCAUUGUUGGCAAGCUCUGUGUAGCGCCGCUGCCUCUCAACAGCAGCAGGACAAUGUCAUGUCUGCCCUGGAGCCUCACCCUCCACAGCAAAACAGACAUCUCUUAUGACCUGCCUACUGCUUGUGCCUAGCUCUGCCUUCAGGAUACACAAAACCAGAAUGGAGUUCUAAACCUACUGCUGCUCUCUGCUACCAGAUGAUACAUUGACCAUAAAACUGGAUGGGUUUUUUACUCCCUGCAUUAGGGGCAAGAUGUCAAGGAAAAGAAGUGUGUGGCAGAUUGGCAAAUACAAGGUUAACUGGUUACAGCAAAACCUUCCAGUUAAAAGACUGGAUUGAAACUUUUGUCUCACAAGUUGUGUACCCAGCUCUCAAAGUGAGACAGGCAAGUCAUUUAAUCUCAAGGUUCAAUCUGUAUGAAAGAAGGAGUAGAUAAUACCGCUUUUCAUAGUGGGAGUAUUGCAUAAUUCAUUAGUGUUUUAUAUUAAACUGUCCUGAAAUCUUCAUA